AUACAUCAUGGCAUUAGGAAGGUUGAGAACCACUGCUCUAGACCCUUUGAGAUUUCCAGGGUUGCUGACAAUGGUCCCUUGCCCCACCAAUCUUAUAACCCUUGGUGGUUUCACGUGGCUUCAAGUGAGGAGAUGAUGGAGGGGGUGCUGAUUUAUAAAAUGCCGACUCCCAGGGCUGCCACCCUUUCAGUCGGAUCCAUUUUCACCCGAGCCCCCUGUGCAGGUAGUGAUUAGGGAUGCUUUGUCUGCCUUCUGGUGAGGCCCUUAGCACCCAGCUGUCUACCAAAUCCAUGGCAGGUAGGAGCUCCAUAAAUAAGAACACCAGUGACGUGAUGAAGUGACACAAGUGUGAUUGAUCCCGACUACUGCAGUUUGUUCAGUUAACUACGCGGAAAGAUUCAAAUGGCUGGUCCAUGUGAUGAGUCUAUGGUCACUUGUGUGUCUCUCUUUUCAACACUUGACCACAUUCCUCUCAUUUCUAGCUUCAUUCCAGAGCCCUACAUGAAUAGAUACACGGAGUUUCCCUGCAGCCCCAGUAACCUCACCAAGGAGCCCAUGGAGGCCAAGCCCAGCCAGGCCCCCCCGCUCCAGGAUGAUGUGGACAUGAGCGGUGGCUCCAGCGGAAAUGAGGCCACUGAGAACUGCUCCACGGGGCGGGACUCACAGGGCAGUGACUGUGACGACAGCGGGAAGGAGCUGGGGAUGCUGGUGGAGCCACCGGACGUCCACCAGAGUCCAAAUGCCUUUAGCCUGAUGAUGGCCACGUCUGAACACAACCCCUCUACGAGUGGCUGCAGUAGUGACCAGUCUGCCAAAGCAAACACACACAAAGAAUUGAUAAAAACACUGAAGGAGCUGAAGGUCCACCUCCCCGCAGAUAAGAAGGCCAAGGGGAAGGCCAGCACACUGGCAACUCUGAAGUAUGCCCUGAAGAGUGUGAAGCAAGUGAAAGCUAAUGAAGAGUAUUACCAGCUGCUGAUGUCCAGUGAGAGCCAGCCCUGUGGAGUGGAUGUGCCCUGCUACACUGUGGGGGAGAUGGAGAGCAUGACCUCCGAGUACAUCGGGAAGAACGUGGAUAUGUUUGCAGUGGCUGUGUCCCUGGUGACUGGGAAAAUCCUGUACAUCUCUGACCAAGUCGCAUCCAUAUUUCACUGUAAAAGAGACGCCUUCAGUGACGCCAAGUUCGUGGAGUUCCUGGCGCCUCACGAUGUCAGUGUGUUCCAUAGCUUCACCACACCUUGCAAGCUGCCCUCGUGGAGUGUGUGUGGCAGGGCAGAUUCUUUUACUCAAGAGUGCAUGGAGGAGAAAUCUUUCUUUUGCCGUGUCAGUGUCGGGAAGAACCACGAGAACGAGAUUCGCUACCACCCGUUCCGCAUGACGCCCUACCUGGCUAAGGUGUGGGACCAGCAGGGUGGGGAGAGACAGUUCUGCUGCCUCCUGCUGGCAGAGCGCGUGCACUCAGGCUAUGAAGCUCCUAGAAUUCCUCCUGAAAAGAGAAUUUUUACAACCACCCACACACCAAAUUGUUUGUUCCAGGACAUAGAUGAAAGGGCAGUCCCCCUGCUGGGCUACCUACCUCAGGACCUGAUUGAGACCCCUGUGCUCCUGCAGCUUCACCCCAGCGACAGGCCCUUGAUGCUGGCUGUCCACAAAAAGAUCCUGCAGUCCGGUGGGCAGCCUUUUGAUUAUUCCCCCAUCCGCUUCCGGGCUCAGAAUGGGGAGUACAUCACACUGGACACCAGCUGGUCCAGCUUCAUCAACCCCUGGAGCAGGAAAAUCUCCUUCAUCAUCGGGAGACAUAAAGUCAGGGUGGGCCCUUUGAAUGAGGACGUGUUCGCAGCACACCCAUGCACAGAAGAAAAGGCCCCAAGUCCCAGCAUUCAGGAGCUCACGGAGCAGAUCCACCGGCUGCUGCUGCAGCCUGUCCCCCACAGCGGUUCCAGUGGCUACGGGAGUCUGGGCAGCAACGGGUCUCACGAGCACCUCAUGAGCCAGACGUCCUCCAGCGACAGCAACGGCCAUGAGGACUCUCACCAGAGAAGAGCCGAAACUUGUAAAAGUGGUAACAGGACCAAAACGAAAAGUCAUCAUUCUCCUGAACCUGGAGAACAAAAGAAAAAGUCCAGUUCAGAAGUGCCAAGUAGUCCCUCAGCUCAGAUGAAAGCUGUACCUGCUGCAAAGAAGGACAGCUCAGGAGCCAGCUUCUCCAAGGCCAGCAUGCCAGAGGACCUGGCCUGCAGGACCCAGCCCACCUGCUCCUACCAGCAGAUCAGCUGCUUGGACAGCGUCAUCAGGUACUUGGAGAGCUGCAGCGAGGCCGCCACUCUGAAGCGGAAGUGUGAGUUCCCAGCCAACAUCCCCACACUGAGGUCCAGCGACAAGCGGAAGGCCGUAAUCAGCCCCAUGCCCACCGGAGAGGCAGUAUUGCCCUCCAAAGCAAACGGCCACACGGAGGUCAGAACUCACCUCACCUCGCUGGCUCUGCCCAGCAAGGCUGAGAGCGUGGUGUCCCUCACCAGCCAGUGCAGCUACAGCAGCACCAUCGUCCACGUGGGGGACAAAAAACCCCAGCCGGAGUUAGAGAUGGUGGAAGAUUCUGUGAGCGGUCCUGAGUCCCUGGACUGCCUGGUGGGCCCUUCCCUGCCUUGUGGCCUCAACCAGGAGAAGGAGCCCUUUAAGAAGCUUGGCCUCACCAAGGAAGUGCUCGCUGCGCAUACCCAGAAGGAGGAGCAGAGCUUCCUGCAAAAGUUCAAGGAAAUAAGAAAACUCAAUAUUUUCCAAUCUCACUGCCAUUAUUACUUACAAGAAAGAUCCAAGGGGCAGUUGAGUGAACGAACUGCCUCUGGACUAAGAAACACUUCUGGAAUAGAUUCAUCUUGGAAAAAAACUGGAAAAAACAGAAAACUAAAGUCCAAACGAGUCAAGCCUCGAGACUCCUCUGACAGCACCGGGUCGGGGGGUCCUGUGCUCCACCGACCCCCACUCUUAGGCCUGAAUGCCACUGCCUGGUCACCUUCAGACACAUCCCAGGCCAGCUGCCCCACUGUGCCCUGUCCUGCUCCAGUGCCCACUUUCUCCCUGCCCGUGUUUCCAACAGCAGGGACUCUGGCGGCCCCGCCUGCAGCUCCUCACGCCAGCUUCACAGUGCCCACUGUGCCCAUGGACGCCCAGAACCAGUUUGCAGUCCAGUCCCCACCCUUCCCCACACCCUUAGCCCCUGUUGUGGCUUUCGUGCUACCCAGCUACUCCUUCCCCCCGGGUCCCCCAAGCCUGCCACAGGCCUUCUUCCCCGGCCACCCUCACUUCCCCAGCCAUCCCAUGCUUGUGACCGAGAUGACCUCUCCCUCACAGCCCAAGUUCCCAGGCCAGACCUCUACCCCUAGACAGCCAUGUACUUGUCCAGCAACCCCAGCCACCCCAGCCACCCCACCAUCAGCUGUAGGCCGGGCCUCCCCGCCACUCUUCCAGUCCCGUGGCAGCUCGCCCCUGCAACUCAACCUCCUGCAGUUAGAGGAGACCCCUGAGGGUGGCACUGGGACUGCGGGGACAGUGGGAGCCACAGGGAUAGCAGCUGCGGGGCUGGACUGCAAACCUGGCACCUCUCGGGACCGACAGCCAAAGGCUUCUCCAACUCAUCACGAGUCCUCAGAGGCCCAGAAUAGUGACGCCCUCUCCACGUCCAGUGACCUGCUGAACCUCCUAUUGAAUGAAGACCUCUGCUCAGCCUCAGGCUCAGCCCUGUCUGGGAGCGCAGCCUCCGCCACCUCGGACUCGCUGGGCUCCAGCUCACUGGGCGGCAAUGCUUCCCACAGCGCGGCAGGCAGUAGUGACACAAGUCACACCAGCAAAUAUUUUGGAAGCAUUGACUCUUCAGAGAAUAAUCACAGAGCAAAGCUGAAUGCAGGCAUGGAAGGCAGUGAGCACCUCCUCAAGUGUGUCCUGCAGGACCCCAUCUGGCUGUUGAUGGCCGAUACGGACGACAGCGUCAUGAUGACGUACCAGCUGCCAGCCCGAAAUUUAGAAACAGUUUUGAAGGAGGACAGAGAGAAGCUGAAACUACUGCAGAAGUUCCAGCCCCGGUUCACGGAGAGUCAGAAGCAGGAGCUGAGCGAGGUCCACCCGUGGAUGCGUGUGGGCAGCCUGCCCACGGCCCUGGACGUGGCGGAAUGUGUUUAUUGUGAAAACAAGGAAAAAGGCAGCAUUUGUGUGACAUAUGAAGAAGAUAUCCCUUCUCUGGGACAAAGCGAAGUUUCAGACACCAAAGAAGUGGAAAAUGGACCCCCCUUGAGUCACAAGAAUGAGGAACAGACAUAACCCUGCCCCCCACCCGAGAGCCAGUGAUCUACAUUAGACGGUGCUUAGAAGACAGGAAAGAAUCUUUGCGUUUGUUUCUAAUGAAAUGGACACAUAUUUAUGUUGCUUUUUUUGUUUUAGAAAAAAAUCAUAGUUUUCUGAAGGAGUGACUUAAAACUGUGGAGGGUGGGAAGGUUGGGGAAGAAGGGCAUUUUAUUUAUUUAUUUUUUUUGAGACAGAGUCUCACUUUAU